UGCAAAUCCAGACAAAACAUUCCUCGUGUGUCGCAGCCGAUCCGGUCCUCACAUCUCCCCCCGAAGUGGAGGUGUCCUCAGACCAUGCAGAGAUCUCCUGGCAACCUUGGAGCUGGGGACCAAAGUCAGGUGGAAGACAGGGGGAUACCAUUCAAUACCAGCUGCAGUACCGAACCGAGGGGGCCAACAAUUGGACAAUCGCAGGGCCGUGGCAGGACGCUACCACCUUCAACAUGUCUGGCCUCUUGCCAAACACCGAGUAUGUAUUUGCAGUGGCACUACGACGAAACAAUGCUUCCGCAGCUGAACUCCCAAGACCAGAAACAUGGGCCACCGCUCGUACACUCUGCGGAGAAGCCAGUCCUCAAAGCGCUCCCCAAGACUUGGAGGUGGAAUCGGUGUCCGAGGAUCAGCUGUCUGUCAGGUGGAAGGUAAGGAUUUUGAAAACAG